AUGGGUACUGCUCGAGAGUCUUUACCGUCACCCAGCGGUAGAGUUCGUUCCACCAUACCCCAGAUAAACCUGGCCUUUUCUUCUAUGAUCAUAUUUAUCAUCAACUUUCUUUCCAAGAUUGAGCUGAUACCUUCGAAUGCUUCGUUGAAGCAGACUUCUCCCUCUUCUUACCAAUUUUUGUUUUCUUUUGUUUCCCUUUGCGAAAGCUUCAAGUUACUACUUCACGUCCACACAGUAGCCGCAACAGCCACCACCGCCAUCACCGUCAAGCAGUACAUCAACCUUAAACUAAAGGGCAUGAUACCAAGAGCCGAAAAGCGUUUCGACCAAGAGAACAAGAUGGGGGGUGGGGAAACUACAGAUGUUGACGAGGACCAUGUUGAGCCAGAAAAAAGAAGAGGCUGGAAACGAAGAUUUACGCCUGUCUGCUGGGGUUCUUUGACUUUAAAAACAUAUACAAAAUUGAGACCAAAGGGAAGCGAAAGUGCAAUUGACCGGAAUACAUCUUUUGGGACUGAUCUCGAUGCUAAGCUGCAGCAGGUAAUAUUCCGGCCUGUCUGUUCAGAGAGAGAAAACAUGAACCUUACUCGACUUGGCAGCCGCACCAGCAUCGACGCUCCGACCACACAGUCUUACGAAGGCGGGGAUUGUUUCAGUUCCUCUACAGACAAUCCAACAUCUCUCGUGACCCUGUGAGCCUUUUC